AUGCCCGUCGUCGACCAUCCGCUACCCCCCUCCGAGGGCACGGAAAAGUUCCUCAAGAACGCCGCCAUCGCAGGUGCCAUCAUCUGCCCGGCCGCCAUGCUUCUCCCACCCCGCAAGGUCGACCUCCGCUUCUUCAUCCUCUUCACCGGCUUCUCGCUCUCCACCAACCACCUCGCGAGCGUGUACACGGGCGAGUCCUUCUACGGUCGUUUCCAGCGACGCGCCAACGCCAUGGCCGACAGCAUGUCCGGUCUGCCCAAGGAGGCGAGGGAGACGCAGCGCAUCCUGCGGGAGCACAAGGAGCAGCUGGCGCGGGAGAAGGGAGAGGCGGCGGCGGCGGCGGCAGCGGCAGCGCAGGAGAAGAAGGAAGGCGGUAUCCGGAAGGCGGUGGAGGAUGUGUGGAUGGGCGGCGAGGGCAAGGAUUGGCAGAAGAAGAGGCUGGAAGAGCACGAGCAGAAGCUGGCGGAGGGCAAAGGCAUGACGGGUAUCAUCAUGGACCAGAUCGCCGAGGUCUGGAGUGGGAAUUGGAGGCCGGACUCGAGCAAGAAGGAGGGCAGCGAAAAUGACAACAAGCCUGAGGGGAAGAAAUAA